AGCAUUGCAGUGGAUGACGGUUCAUAAUUUCAAGAGUUUCGACCUUGCGCGCCAUUUGAGAUAAAUUCUGAUUCAGUCGUGCCUCAACUGGACUGAAUUACUGCCGCAAUUCGCAUCAGUGCUUUGAAGCCUUCGCCAUGUGUAAGACCGUUUAUUCAAUGGUAAACAAAUAAUAAAUAAUGGAGAGCUGGACGAUUUAUUUCACUAUCAUCGCGGUACUGUUGGGGCUCUACUAUUUCCUACGCAGGAAGAAAUUCUUCGAGGAGAAUGACAUAAUACACGAGAGAGGCCUUCCCAUCCUUGGGAACAUGGGUCCCGUUCUAUUCCAACGUAUUUCGAUCGCUGAAAUGGUUAAAAGAAUGUACGACAUUCACGACAACGCCAAAUACGUCGGUUUCUAUGAUUUUAACAACAGUCCAAUAGUGGUUCUACGAGAUAUAGAAGUGAUCAAAAGCGUUGGUGUCAAGCAUUUCGAUCAUUUUGUUGACCGCACGGCCAUGGUGGAUCCGGAGCAGGAGCCUCUGUUCGGCAACAACUUAGCCGGUCUCAAAGGUAACAAAUGGCGGGAGAUGAGGAACCUGCUGAGCCCGGCCUUCACCUCCAGCAAGAUGAAAGGAAUGUUCAAACUCAUGUCAGACUGCGCGAAGAAUUUCGCGAACCACAUUGCGAAUGAUACCUCAUCGAAACCUGUGACGUACAACACGAAAGAUGUCUUCGCGCGAUACACAACAGACGUGAUUGCGACAUGUGCCUUCGGUGUCGCAGUAGAUUCUAUGAAGAAUCCGGACAACGAUUUUUACGUGCUGGGGAAAAAAGCUAGUGUUUUCCAAGGGUUAGCUUUGCUGAAGAUGCAGCUGAUGAGGACGUUGCCUUGGGUGACGAAAAUCCUGGGGAUUCACAUUAUAGACCCGAAGAUUGACAAGUUCUUCGUUGAACUUGUGCAAGGCACGAUUGACGCCAGAGACAGGCAGGGAAUUGUGCGACCGGAUAUGAUCCAACUGAUGAUGGAGACGCGGAAGAAUAAAGAGGGUGACGGCCCUGUCCUCGAUAUUCGUGACAUGGUGUCGCAGGCGUUUGUAUUUUUCUUCGGGGGAUUUGACACAACUUCGUCGACCAUGUGUUUUGUGGCACAUCAUAUCGCGAUUGAUCCGGAUGUCCAGAGGAAAUUGCAGGAGGAAGUUGACGAGGUCUAUGAACAGUGCGAUCAGAGUGUCACGUACGAAGCGAUCAAUAACAUGAAGUAUCUCGAUGCUCUCGUGAAUGAGUGUCUGAGGAUGUACCCGAUAGGAGUUGCUCUGGACAGACUCUGCACGAAGGAGUUUGAACUACCCCCGGCAUUACCUGGAAAGAAGCCAGUCCUCCUGAAACCGGGGGAUCGGGUAUGGUUUCCGGUCUAUGCACUUCAUAUGCAUCCGGAUUACUUCAAUGAGCCGGAGAAAUUCUAUCCGGAGAGGUUUAUUGAGGAUCCCAAGAUGCUCCAUUCCUCCGCGUAUUUUCCCUUCGGUGUCGGGCCCAGAAUGUGCAUUGGUAAUCGAUUCGCGCUGUUGGAGACUAAAGUCCUCAUUUUUCAUCUCGUUCUCAAGUGCAAUCUCAGCAUCGGGGAGAAGAUGAUUCUGCCGUUGGAAUUGGAUAAGAAGAACCUGGGAAUGGCUGCGAAGGGGGGGUUCUGGGUGACAAUGGAGCCCAGGAAUAAAUAGAGAAAAACAUCAUCAUAAAUCAAUUUGAUUUUUUAAAACCUGAGUGCUGGGCAGGUUCAAACAUUUCUAUUACUUAUAUUUUUUUAAAUUCAUGAUAGUAAUAAAUUACCUCCAUUCAUCUGAGUGGUGAAGAAAUAUAUAUUAUUGAACUGAA